AUGGUCUCUGGAGCCUAUAGUGAGAGCAACUUGUCCGGUCACACCAGUUAUAUGGGUAAUCCAUCAGAUCCCAUGGGUGGGAUGCCUGCCGGAUGGCGUGAUUCCGGGACCAUGUCGUCCCAAUAUCACUCCAAUUUGGGUGUCCCCGGGGCCUCCUAUAAUCCAAUGGCUGGAAUGGACGAUGGGCAUUCAAGCGAUAUUGACGCUCCUGCCGUGUCUGGUCGACCUCCAAUUUAUCAGUCAACCUUAAAUCUGCACAGUAACCAAGCAGGUUACGCCGAAUCUACCACCGGACGUUCAGACCGUUUCCGCGGUAGUUUGUUGAACACGGAAGCCGGCUGA